GGAGGGGGGGGAUCCAUAUCUGGGGGCGGUGGGUCAAGUUAUGGAGGAGGAAAAGGCUCGGGAUACGGAGGAGGAGGAAGCUCAGGUGGCUCCAUCUGUGGAGGAGGAAGCUCAGGUGGUGGAUCCAUAUCUGGAGGAGGAAAAGGCUCGGGAUAUGGAGGAGGAGGAAGCUCUGGUGGUGGUGGCUCCAUAUCUGGGGGAGGAAAAGGCUCUGGAUAUGGAGGAGGAAGCUCUGGUGGCUCCAUCUGUGGAGGAGGAAGCUCAGGUGGUGGAUCCAUAUCUGGAGGAGGAAAAGGCUCAGGGUAUGGGGGAGGAAGCUCAGGUGGCUCCAUCUGUGGAGGAGGGAAAGGCUCAGGGUAUGGAGGAGGAGGAAGCUCAGGCGGUGGAUCCAUAUCUGGGGGAGGAAAAGGCUCGGGAUAUGGAGAAGGAGGAAGCUCAGGUGGCUCCAUCUGUGGAGGAGGAAGCUCAAGUGGUGGAGGCUCCAUUUCCAAGGGUGGCAGCAGCUCAGGGGGUGGUGGAUCCAUAUCUGGGGGUGGAAAAGGCUCAGGGUAUGGAGGAGGAGGAAGCUCAGGUGGUGGAUCCAUAUCUGGGGGAGGAAAAGGCUCAGGGUAUGGAGGAGGAGGAAGCUCUGGUGGUGGCUCCAUCUGUGGAGGAGGAAGCUCAGGUGGUGGAUCCAUAUCUGGAGGAGGAAAAGGCUCAGGGUAUGGAGGAGGAGGAAGCUCAGGCGGUGGGUCAAGUUAUGGAGGAGGAAAAGGCUCAGGAUAUGGAGGAGGAGGAAGUUCUGGUGGAGGCUCCAUAUCUGGGGGUGGAAAAGGCUCAGGGUAUGGGGGAGGAGGAAGCUCAGGUGGCUCCAUCUGUGGAGGAGGAAGCUCAGGUGGAGGAGGCUCCAUAUCUGGGGGAGGAAAAGGCUCAGGGUAUGGAGGAGGAGGAAGUUCUGGUGGUGGCUCCAUCUGUGGAGGAGGAAGCUCAGGUGGUGGAUCCAUAUCUGGGGGUGGAAAAGGGUCUGGAUAUGGAGGAGGAGGAAGCUCAGGUGGUGGAUCCAUAUCUGGAGGAGGAAAAGGCUCAGGAUAUGGGGGAGGAAGCUCAGGUGGUGGAUCCAUAUCUGGGGGUGGAAAAGGCUCAGGGUAUGGGGGAGGAGGAAGUUCUGGUGGCUCCAUCUGUGGAGGAGGAAGCUCAAGCAGUGGAGGCUCCAUAUCUGGGGGUGGGCAGAGCUCUGGUGGAGGAUCCAUAUCUAGUGGUGGUGGAUCCAUCUCUGGGGGUGGAAGAGGUUCAGGGUAUGGAAGACAGGGAAGUUCUAGUGGAGGAGGCUCCAUCUCGGGGGGGGGGCAGAGCUCUGGCAGUGGCCAGUGCAGCCCCCAGAGUGGUGGGAUAAGCUCUGGAGGUGGGAGCAGCUCAGGAAGGAGAGGCUCCAUCUCUGGGAGUGGCCAGAGCUCAGGGUAUGGAAGACA